AUGGCGCGAUCUAAACGAGUUCCUCAUGCGGAGCCGGCGAACUGGAAACCUCACGAGGAGAACGAGCUUUUGGCGUGGCUCGACUACAACCUGCAGAAGAGUUCGGAUGGCUUUGAAGCCUUCAGGCAAUCAGUUUCCGCGCACCUCCGUAGGGAGUGCAAUGUCAGCUACACCUAUGAGCAGUGUCGGAGGAAAUUGUAUUUGUCCUGGUUACGCUACGGAGACGAGAGCGCUAAAAAGGUCGCCGUAUUGCACGAGCAUGGAUCCGAGACUCUGACUCACCUGCCGACGGAGCAAAAGGACUUCAUCUUGGCCAGGGCGAUGGAGCUCAGGGAAAGAGACCUGAACUUUCCGCGACGUCUGAGGAGUGUAUCUCGAAACAGUGCAACGCCAUCGCAACAUCAUGGGGAUAACCGGCGGCCGACAUCUACGAGAGGGCAAUUGCCACAUCUACGAGUUCCUUCGGUUGUGAUUUCAACGGCUCGAAUUUCUAAAGCUAAGCGGCCCCUGAGCCAGCAUAGCAAGAGAGGUCGUCUUUCUAAUAAGUUUCCAGUCAGCGACUUGAGCCGGGAAGGAGAAGAAGAUGGCGAGGCCAAAAGCAACAAAGAAAAGGAUCCUGUCCAUACGGGUACAACAGAUAAAACGGAUAAAACGCCCGACGCGGAUGAUAUUACCAUGGCUGGCGUACCUAGCGCAAAGAAUGGGAGUGAUCAAACAACAGCAACAAAUCCUUGGACCGCAGGGGCAUUGGAAACUCUUAAGUCCGAGCUUGCGGCGCUUAAAGAGCAGGUGCGAGUACUGGGUGAGCUGCAAAACGAAACUCGAUCUUUUAUGGUCUUCUUGCAUAUGCGUUUGGGCGAAGCUGUCGAACGCGACGAAGUGGCUAAAGCCCGUAUACACAGCCUGGAGCGGGCAGAGAGGGCGCGAGCCGAUGGUAAAUCACUCGUCUUGGAGGUGGCGAAUCUGGAGGACAGAAUCGCAUACCUGCAGAGGAAAGUCGACAAAGCCAGAGAGUUGGGGAAGUUUACUCAGCUCUCAUCAACAGGCGUGAUACGACCUUGGAGCCUAAGAUGGGUUGACAAGACAAUGGACGAUAUCGAUUUCUACAUGGAGCAGCUACUCUUAGAUCACGAUAACAUUGACCACUUUGAGCCCCCGAACUUAGACGACGGCGCGGACCUGGCCGCCCUUGUUCGAACAAUAUUGGGCCUGACCCCCCAGGAGCGGCUUUCCACAGAGAAAGUGCGAAUUCAGCUGUCCAAAUUGAGCUUGCAGUCAGUCGUGCGUGCUUUGACUGCGGCCACUCUCUGCGAAUGGGUCUUUGAGGCUGAGCUGCCCGAUGGAGCGGUUGCCCUUCAGAACCUGGAUUUUGCCGCGCACCAGUCACUUUUUGAAGGAACCCUGUUCCAAGACAACAUACUUCCUCGACAAGCCGAGUCACUCGCCUGUCGGCUGUCCAAGGUCCUUUCCCGGAUCUUCCGCAACGACGACAGCAUAGUGGUACAUUCCGCAGGAUCGUACGGAGUUCCUUCAGUUCAUCGUUUCUACACUUGGGGUGUAGAUGAGCGCAUCUGGAUGAGCACCAGAGAUAAAAUGAUCAAAAUAUUUGCACUUGCUCUCGAAAUCAAGUAUAAAUUCAUGUUGAGCACGUACCAAUUCGAGGCGGUGCUUUACCCCCCUCGGACACCCUUCCGAGCAGAGCAGAUGAAGCCCGAGACGGUGCAGGGCAGCGAGAUGACAACAAAUGCCUCUACGAUGCAUGGCAUAGAGGUUAAGCUCUGCCUACUACCAUCUCUGUAUUUUUGGAGGUCUGAUUGUAUGCGAGUGAACUGCAAGACGUUCGUGCAACGUCUCCCUUCCGAUCGACAAGAAUGUGAACGGCUUACCCAAGCGGUUGUUGUUGCGGGGCAAUCAUGA